GCACAGAGGAUCCGUUCUGGCAGGAGGGGCGGAACGGACUUCUGACACGGACUUGUGUGUUGCUGCUGCUGAUGCUGCUGAUGAUGCCGAUGAUGAUGAUGCGUGUUUAUUGUUCGGAGGCAUUGCUGGGCAGUCAAUAAGCACUUGCAAGAACAAGCAACAUGUUAUCGUAGCCCUGGAGGGGAGGUCCGUAUGGAGCUCGCAGAGGAAGAAGGCAGGAGGAGCCUCCAGGCCGGACUCCACAGACGCGGCGACGGUGGCGCCGGCGGCACCACGGACACCGAGCCGGCCCGGCUCCACCGCCAUCCUGAGACCCAAGGCCUCGAUGGAUCGAACCGCGGGUCGAGCGCCCGAGGACGACGAGGCGAGCGCUCCCUCGCGACGGCCGGCGAGGAGGAGAAAGCCCCGACGAGGGGUGAGGCUCAGGAGGAGGACGGGAGUUGCGUGGACGAUGUCGGGAUGAGCGAUCGUGGCGGAGUUAUCGGCCACGCGGCAGCCGCUCCGGAGCGACGCGAGUGGAGUCCUGCGUGGAGGAACAGCCACGGUGAUGACGACGACUGGUGGUGAUGCCGACUAAUGAAGGAGAUGAUGAUGAUGAUGAGAGGGAGGAGGAGGAUGAGGACCUCAAACAGUCUGAGGAGGUGGACUUAACAUCUACAGGAGGAGGAGGAGGCGGUAGACCGUACCGCCACGGGCCGCCAACUCAAGGAUGAUAAAGGCGACCUCCUGAGAUACCUCUACCUGACGUGCGGCACGGACGGAAUCGCGGACGGAAUCGCGGAUAGAAUUUCUGGUGAGAUCACGGAUGGGAUCACCGGUGGGAUCGCAGAUCGGACCGUGGAUGGCGUCGUGGACGGGAUCACAGACGGGAUCACGGAUGGAAUUGCGACUGGGAUCAUGGAUGAGAUCACGGAUGGAAUCACAACUGGGAUCACGGCAGCCGGGGACAGCGCCGCGACCGCGUGGGCCGGAGACGAUGUGGGCGGUGGGGGCCCCCGUGGCGGGCAGGAGCGGUCGAGCCGCGAUGCUGCCGCCGGGAGUGACGCGCCGAGCCAGGGCGACGCGUCGGGCGAGGAGACGUGGGAUCGGAGAGAAGCGGGGACGGUGAUGCUGCUGGAGGGAGCCGAGUUCAAGGAGGAGUGGCAGGAUGAAGAUUUCCCCAUGCCCCUUCCAGAAGACGGGGACAUGGAGCAUUCGUACCCCCUAGAUCCGCAGGGGUCCUCCCCCGAGGGGGAUUUCAGAGGCUCUGACGGCGGCGUUGAAGGCCGCGGGGCCGCCGGCGCGUCGUCCCGGCGACGCAAGCUGCAGGCGCCGGACAUCAGCCUGUCGCUGGACCGCAGCGAGGGCUCGCUGCUGUCGGACGACGGUGGCGUCGACACGCCCGACGACCUCGACUUCGACGUGGACGGCAUGGACACCCCUGACGAGGCGGACUCCAUCGAGUACACGCCGGGCAACGAGCUCGAGUGGGAGGACGACACGCCGAUAAAGGGCCGCGGCGGAGGAGAUCGCGCCCCGCCGGGCCUCUCGGAUCGCGGCGGCGGGGACAACGACGCGGCGCCGGGGGGCGGCGGUGCGAGCCUGUGGCGCUCGGUGGUGAUCGGCGAGCAGGAGUACCGGAUCGACAUGUCCGCCAUCGAGCCGUACCGCCGCGUGCUGUCGCACGGUGGCUACUACGGAGAGGGCCUCAACGCCAUCAUCGUGUUCGCCGCUUGCUACAUGCCGGACAGUCGGCAGCCCAACUACAGCUACAUCAUGGAGAACCUCUUCCUCUACGUGAUCAACACGCUGGAGCUGCUCGUGGCCGAGGACUACAUGAUCGUGUACCUCAACGGUGCCACGCCGCACCGGCGCAUGCCCGGCCUGGGCUGGCUCAAGCGCUGCUACACCAUGAUCGACCGGCGGUUACGGAAGAACCUCAAGUCGCUGGUUAUCGUUCACCCAUCCUGGUUCAUCCGGACGGUGCUGGCUUUCUCCCGGCCCUUCAUCAGCACCAAGUUCUCGAGUAAAGUCCGCUACGUGCACAGCCUGGUGGAGCUGGCUCAGAUGCUGCCCAUGGAGCACAUCCACAUCCCCGAUGGGGUCAUGCGGCUAGAGGAGGCGCGGUUCCGCAGGAGAAAGCGAAGGCUCGAGGAGGAGUUGAGGGAAGCCAGCGAAACAAUGAGACUUCGGCAGGAGCUGGAGGCCGUCGCCGAGGAGGAGAGAAUGGAUGACGCCUUGUUUAAAGCCGUGGCUGCCGCAAUCAGGGAGUCGGAGGCGUCCACCUCGCAGUGACGGCGUCGGCCCGGGGGGGUGAGCGGGGGUGGUGGGGGGGGGGCGCGUCACCUCGCGGGUACAGCCGCGACCUCGCCAGCGACGUCGCACCGUGGUUGGCCGUCCGACGAAACCAAAAGUUCGACGACGCUGCACGGUGUGGGGGGGGGGGGGGGGGGGGUGGCGGGCGGGCGCAUGGGACCUACACAAAACGCAACCCAACUUCGUCCGGCUGUCUCCCUCCUCCUGGGCAUCGCCAGCGACGGCUGUCAGACGAGACGAGAUUGUGCGAGAGCACACGAUCGGUCGCGUGCUCUCUCGCGUCGCUCGACGAACACCCCCUUGUCCCCCACCCCCUCCCGCCCCUUCCCCCCACCCUUCUGCAUCGUACGGGGAGAUGAUUGCGAUCGCUAAAGUGACGGCGGCGUGGGACGCCAACGAGCGUUGCAACGGGAGGAGCACCGGGUCUCGCCGUGCGACUGAAGCCAAUGCCGUGCGGGAAGCAGGCGCUUGCGGGGAGAGGGGAGGAGCUCGACAGACGGCGUGGUUACUCGCGAGCCCUCGAGCGCGCGUGUGGCCCGGCGAGGUCGCCAGGCAGGCCGGACCUCGUGCGCCGCUGUCGACCGCGCGCUACCGAGCCUCCCACUACGAUAACCUUCACGGUUGCGACUUUACGUUGGUGCGGCGUCAUGGACGGAAAAAACGGCAUCUUGAGACGGUGGGGCAGGUUCAGGUCGUGGGGAGGACGUGGCGCUCGUAGGUGAGCGAUGGUGAGGAAGGUGUUGAGGCUGGACUAGAGAGCAGCAGGCAGGGAGUCGACAGCACAGACGGCUGGGAGGGCGUUGCAGACUUCGGGGACGGCAGAGUAAAACGAGCGAUCUCCCACGAAGCCAGGGGUGGUGAUCUUCUUGCUCAUCAGGGGGUCCAAUUAGACUUCCGGAUGCUUGCGGCGGAUCACACGUCAAGGCGCGCAGCUCGGCAUCAUCCAUCAACGACGUGGCAUGUAGCAGUGGGGAGAGGCCGUCACGGUGGCAGGCGGCGGCGGAAGGCAGCGCUAGAAUUAGAAACCCGUUGUCACCAAAUCGAAGAUAUUCCCCUCUAGAAGCCGAUUAGUGCGACGAUAAAAUGCCGCACACUCGUGUUCAAGGUACAAUUACUUGGUUUACGCUCGCAACUUCGCGUUACAAAUUGCACGAUUCAGCGACGAAUGCUUUCAAAGGUGGCUCGAGCGGUGGAGCGUUUGCCGCUCGUAGCAGAGGUUCAAAGUUCGAAUCGAGCGGCGGCCACCCCCGUUAAUAAUGCGGCGCAACGGCCAUUGUGUGCCGGCGUCAGGGUCCACACUUGAAGAAUUACGCCGCAAAUUUACUGAAUUGGGAUCGUAAACGGAAAUCACCGCCACCUCCUGGCAGACGAAUUCCCCCGAGGUCACUCUUGCAAUUGACUCAUCUUGGACUCCCGAUUUCUCGCCUUGUUGAACAAAAUACAUUAGAAACGUGAAGGUAUUACAUUCGGUGUGUAAACAAUUAAACCCAAUAAACGUUCAUCAGUUUAAAUAAAAAUAAACAUUUCCAAAAUUUGACAAAAAUCCACGAUCUGAAAUAUCAGAAAUGCAAAACUCAUCCGUACUUCACUUCCUUGGGCUGCGCAGAGAAACUUGUGGGAGGGUUCAGCAACUCGCUCGGCAGCGGACGGAGGAUGCGUCGAGUUUCCUCCGAUUCGAGCGCAGUGGGGUGUAGUGAACGUCGCGGAUUACUCUCCGUCACCUUUGUAACGGAGAGUAAUCCGCAUCCAGCUAGUGGGACAAGCCCAGUGGCAGAUCCAAGUGGAAGGACAGGGGAGGGGGACGAUUUAGAAAAUGAAUUGUCUUUAUUAUGAACGUAGGGCCAUAUUGAAAAACCUUCGAAUUUUAGGGCCACCCCCCACCAGCCACCCCCCACCGCCCACUUCUCAGACACUCCCAGCUUCCAGAGUGUCCGUGACCCCCCCUGCAAAAGAGUAUGCAAUGCGGCACACAAUAGCCUCCUCGCUCGCGUUACUGGUCGCUGUUAAGUUAUAUCGUGCGUGUGACAUGCGUAGCAUAUAAAGCUACAACAGCACAUAGGCGAGGAUUCCGUGCCGUCGAAAAUCUGCGCGUGUGUGUGUGUGAGUGUUCGCAAAUAAGGCAUCGCCCAAUACUCGUGUGUUUAUUUACCGCAUUCCCCCGGAUCGUGAAGACUUUCCGGAAAGUGAGACGCACCCAAGACCUGCGGUGCGUUCGACGGGGCAGAAGCGCUCUCCGGAGGGCUCGUCCGUCUAGCGAACAAGUCCUUGUAAAGCAGCCACAAGAGAGCAUUUGUGGCAUGGAGCUAACGGUCAGCGGUUGUAGGUGUGGGGUCGCGUCAAAAGUCCGGCCAAAUCGGUAGGCGCCGAUCCUUUCCUGCCGGCUCUCGGUUCGGCGCACACGCGCGCGAGCGCUCAUUGGCCAAGCCGGGUGCAUUGUGACGUCACGCCGCCGUUGCUAGGCGCGGCGGCGUCAGCCAGUCGACAAGUCUGGUGACACGCUUACCGGGACCCCUCUAAGAUGCACCCCCAACAUUUGCUUUAAAAUACGAGAACAAACCCGUCAACCCCUUAUCAGCGCCUGCCUUAUCACAGACCAAUUCACACCUUGUUGGUCACCCGGUGGCCCUUGUAAAUCUCAACGUUCAUCCUACAAAGUCCCAUCACAAGGCAGAAACACAAACAAAGACGUGUUUGUUGUUGCCCAUGUUGAAACGCCUGUACGCCUUAUGGACCUGACAACUCAAUCCCUCUGUGCAAGAAUACGGGGCACACCGUACGGGUUGACACGGUACGCGAUAGAGGGGUUGGUGGGGAGGGGGUGGGGAAUAAGUGCGUCUCGUAAUUAUCUGCAGACAUCGAUCACCAGCCACGCUGUGUUCGCUGCGGGAGGACACCCGAACCGUGUGAACCACACUUGCCCUUUGACCGUACUUCACCGCACUGGUCAAUGCGGGUUGGUACAUGCCCCCCCCCCGCCCCAACUUGUACCCAAUGUUCGUCAUAUUACAUACUCUUAGGUUUUUUUGGUAAAGUCACGUAAGGAAAAAAAAAACCUAAGAGUAUGAAUUCUUGCAGUCACGAAAGCUUCAAAUCUAGAACGUCAUAUUACACACCACCACGUCCCAGCGUUCUGAUUGGCUUCAAGCCACGUGCCAUUUAACGCGCGGGUAAGGGGGGUACGCGGGUGGUGGGGAGGUGGGGAGGUUUUGGGUGUAGGGGGGUACCAAGCACUCUGUUGGUAAACACGCACCUCCACACGCACUCCACACGCGUUGUUACGCGAGUGCGCCUUACAAUCCAGAGAAUACGCCAAUUCGAUCUGUCGCCUAUAACAAUUCAUACCCAAGUGGUUGCGCCGGACACUGCAUUAACGCGUGGCGUUGUUUGUGAUUUCCACGUGGAGGUAAUCCACGUGACCGAAUCGUUCGCCCGCGAAAUUAUGAGAAAUACGGUCGGUUAAUGUGUUGACCUGUGUUUGGGAGGAAUUAAACAAAUGAAAACGUU